CUGGCCUGCCGAGCCCCGGGCAGCCCUGAGCAGGGGCACCUGCAGAGCCUGGCGUCGGCCCGGGGUCGACUAAACACCGUCCAUCCUCCCAAUCCUCCCCGCGCCGCGUCCACCGACUGUACUCAAGGACCCCCUCCCCGGCGGAGGAGGGGUCGGCGGCUCGGAAUCUGCAAACCAGCGCGCGUCCACUCGCCCGCCAACUGCAGCCGCCACCUGCUCGCCAGGUCCCGCGCCAGCCCCGCCGUCGUGGGUCUCUUACCUUGUGGCUUUUCCCCCCCGGGGGACACCUGA